AAUUUUCAAGCAAAAUUACGUAAAAAAUUAGAGCAGUUGAAUAAAAGACCGCUUACGUGUACGAAGCAACAAGAUUGUUCUAACAACUAUUUUAUUCAAAAAUACAUUACUAAUACAAUUACGUUAACCCA